UCCCCAUAAAUACCGGACCAGGAGCUCAAGCAAAGAACUCAAGGGAUAUUUACACCUCCACAUAAAAUAUCUUUGUGUUGAUCAACUAGAGCAUACUUCACCGGUGAAAUCUUCCGGUGACUCUUUCAACGACCUCCGGCGAUUAUUGGAACCUUGAAAAGCUACUUUGUCCUGUGAAUCGAGAAAGAUGGUGAUGGAGAUGGAACAAGAGUUUGAGUGGGUUGAAGCGCAGAAAAUUGAGAUAAGUGUGGAUCUUGUGCCUGCAGCAAAACAGCAACUUAAGUUUCUCUCAGCCGUUGAUAAGAAUCGUUGGCUCUAUGAAGGCCCUGCGCUAAAAAGGGCAAUCUAUAGGUACAAUGCUUGUUGGCUUCCCUUACUCGCCAAACAUUCCAAGUCACAGAUUUUUGAAGGGCCAUUGGUUGUUCCCCUUGACUGUGAGUGGAUUUGGCAUUGUCACAGGCUCAAUCCACUUCGGUAUAAAUCUGACUGCGAGGAGCUUUAUGGGGGAGCGCUUGACAAUUCUAAUGUUGUAUCUUCUGUCAAAGGCAGUUGUGAGAGACAGACUGAAGAGCUUUGGAAUAGAUUAUAUCCUGAAGAGCCCUAUAAUUUAGACUUGACAAGAGCACUCUCAGAGGAUAUCUCUGAAAAACUUUCCAGUGUAGAAAAAUGCUCCAAAUAUGAUCUGGUUUCAGCUGUCGAAAGGCAGAGUCCUUUUUGUUAUCAGGUUUCUAGAUUUCAUAUGAACGAUGACAUCUUUCUUGAAGAAGCUGUGGCCAGAUACAAGGGUUUUCUGUACCUAAUCAAGCGAAACAGAGAAAGGUCCAUAAAACGUUUUUGUGUUCCAACUUAUGACGUCGACCUUAUCUGGCACACACAUCAGCUGCAUCCUGCUUCUUACUGUAAGGAUUUGACCAAAAUAAUAGGCAAGGUGUUGGAACAUGAUGAUAUGGAUUCUGACAGAACUAAAGGUAAGAAGCUCGAUGUUGGGUUUUCUGGAACUACUGCACAGUGGGAAAAGACAUUUGGUAAUAGAUAUUGGAAGGCAGGGGCAAUGUAUCGCGGCAGUGUCCCAUCUCCUCUAACAACUAUUCCUUUCUCAUUCAAAAGUUUGAGCAAAGAGUCAGUUACAGCAAAUGGUUAUAAGAAAUUAAUCCAGCUUCCUGACACAAAAGUUGUGGAGGUUGUCCUGGAGAUUGUUGGAGUUAAAAACUUAACAGAUGGACAGAAAGGAAGCCUCUUCGUGCUGUUUAGCAAAGCCCAGCCUGAUAGGCUUUUUAAUGUUAAGCGGAAGCUCACUAUUUUAUCUGAGUCUGGGAAGAAGCAGGUUGCUUCAUUCCAAUGCGAACCUACAGGCGAACUUCUCUUUGAACUUAUAUCCUGUUCAACUGCCAAUUUCCCAAUAACAAGAGCAUUGAAAACACUUGGUACUGCUUCAUUCUCUUUGCAAGAGUUUCUUUAUCCAGCUUCAAAACUCUCUGUGGAAAAAUGGUUGGAGUUGACUCCCAGAUCGGGCACUCUUAAUUCAAAACCCAUCAGCCUACGAGUUGCUAUCUCAUGUACCCCUCCAGCUCAGGCGCAAUUUGUGCUUCGCAUGGUUCGCUCACGGCCUUUUUCGAAAGGUUCUUGUCUUUUCUCUCUUCCCAGAAAGUCCAAUCAUGCUAAGAGCUGGACACGUGUCAUUGAUGAAACUCAAACUGAGGUGAUCGGCCUCCAAAUGAGGGACACAACAAAAGAAAAGACAAAGGAUGACUGCACCCCUAGGAAGCAAGUCAUUGGCAUCACGGAGUCUGGUGAAACACAUAAUCUUGCAGAAUCUGUUGGGACUCAGUGGUCCUUCAUGAACUCUGAAUGGCUCCUCAAGCAUAACAAAGAAUGCCUCGCGAAUGGUCAUCUGUUUGAGCUUGUAGGCACCAGGAUGGUAAGAAUUUUCCCAGGCAGAAAGCUGGACUAUGAACCAAAACACUGUGAAAAACAAAGAUGUGAACAAGACUUUAUGACUGCAGCUGAAUUUUCUUCAGAACAUCCAUAUGGAAAAGCUGUGGCGUUGCUUGACCUGAAAUCUGGAGAUGUGCAGGUUAAGGAAGAUUGGUUGGUGUUUCCUGGUAUUCUUUGUUCUUUUAUACUCUAUCAUAUCUUGAAGAGGGAAGGCUAUAAUGGUUUCACGGCCACUACAAAAAAGGUGGAGGUAAUUGGUGAAACUGAAAAGCUUAAUGGGUUUGAAGAUGAAGGCAAGCUGACUGACCUGACUGCUGCCCCUGCAAAACCUGAAAUGAAAUUGACUGAGAAUGCAGUGACCAGCAAUGCUAACUCUGCUGGAUCCGGCGGAAGAUGUAGUGGACAAUGUGGAGUCAUGAUGAAAAAUGGAGUCUCUGGGGGUGCAGUGGUGUUUGCAGUGGAGAAUGUGCAAGCAUGGCAAACAGCAGCGGUUGUGGCAGUGGGUGUGGCAGUGGAUGUGGCGGACAAUGUGGAGUCAUUAUGAAGACUGGCGUCUCGGGGGGGUGUAGUGGUGUUUGCAGUGGAGAAUGCGCAAGCAUGGCAAACGGCAAUGGCGAUAGUGGUUGUGAUGCUGAUGGUGGGGAGAAAGUGGGAACAUGGUAAAGACCAGCGGGUUUUGGUGAUUCCAUCAAGCUGACCAACGCUGAAAAUUCUGUGGAGAGUGGUGGUUGUGGGAGUGGCUGCGGAAGUGGCUGCGGCAACAAAUUCGGAAACGAAAACAUUGGGGAUGAUCAUAACCCUUGCAUUGAUGGAUAUUCCAAGGAAACACCUGUGUACGUGAAUGAGGUAAUUGCAGCCUGAUGGCGUUUAUCAGUCUAAUUAUCUUCAGAGCAAUUUCCCAUCUCAAUAAAAAGUUUCAUCAGAUGUAUAAGAUAUGAAACUACGUGUUGUUGUUAGUGUGUGUCAGAGCAGUAGACUUCGGUUUCCUGUUUCUAUAAAUCCACAGUCACGUCUGUUCAUGAAUAAGGACUGCUGGUAUAUGUUUUCGGGAGAAAGAAAAAAAUAUAUAAAUUGUUCUCAUAAUAUUAUGUAAGGGUAUUGUGUUCUGACUUACAUGAACACAAUCAAUAUACUUAAAAUAAAAAAUGAGUGUGUGAAUUUCAGAUUUUUCA